AUAAAAGAAACAAAGCUGCCUACCACGCAUACAGCGCUUCGUGAAAGAGAAAGAUCGAGCAGAGCAGAGAGCAACAUUUUUGUAAGAAAAAACAGAGAGCAGAGAGGAGUGGGAAGAGCAAGCUAAGCAAUGGCGUCGUCCGCAGCUGCGGUGGUAGCUGAGGCGGAGGGGGAGGAGGUGACCAACAGGCAGGUGAUCCUGAAGCGCUACGUGACCGGGUGCCCCACGGUGGACGACAUGGAGGUGGUCGCCGGCGCCGUGCGCCUGGCCGUGCCGCCGGGGUCGGCGGCCGUCCUGGUCAAGAACCUGUACCUCUCGUGCGACCCCUUCAUGCGCACCCGCAUGACGAGGCACUCCGAGCCCGGCUUCGUCCCCGACUACGUCCCUGGCAAGGUUUUUGUUAUCGUUUCUAUUUCUACAUGCUAUGUAACUGUGUGUCAGGUUCUCGAUACUUGUAAUGUGAGCAAGGUUGUGCUAUCUGGCCACCCGGAUUUCAAGCCCGGCGAUCUUUUGUGGGGUGUGACCGGGUGGGAAGAGUACAGCCUGAUCCCCAACCCAAUGUUCUGUCACAGGAUCAAUCACCACGAAUUUCCACUGUCCUAUUACACCGGCGUUCUUGGUGUGCCGGGCCUUACUGCAUAUGCUGGACUUUUUGAAGUGGGCAAGGCCAGGAAAGGUGAGUAUGUCUUCGUCUCAGCGGCUGCAGGCGCCGUCGGUCAGAUCGUUGGGCAGCUUGCUAAGCUCACAGGCUGCUACGUUGUCGGCAGCGCCGGCUCUGAUCACAAGGUCAAUCUGUUGAAAACAAAGUUUGGCUUCGACGACGCUUUCAAUUACAAGAAGGAGCUGGACCUCAACGCUGCCUUGAAGAGGUGCUUCCCUCAUGGCAUCGACGUCUACUUCGAGAACGUGGGCGGCGCGAUGCUGGACGCCGUCCUGCGCAACAUGCGCCCCCGCGGCCGGAUCGCCGUGUGCGGGCAGGUCUCGCAGUACAACCUGGAGCGGCCGGACGGCGUCGACCUCUUCCAGCUCGUCGGCAAGCACAUCUGCAUGGAGGGCUUCCUGGUGUCCGAGUACGCCGGCGAGUACUACCGCCGGUUCGAGGAGGAGAUGGCGCGGUACCUCAAGGAAGGGAAGGUCGUCUACGUGGAGGAAGUCGCCGAGGGGAUCGAGGCGGCGCCGGCAGCACUCGUGGGGCUCUUCGCCGGCCGCAACGUCGGCAAGCAGGUGGUCGCCGUCGCAAGGGAGUAAUUGAGAUCUCAGACGUUGCGCGCCGUACCAUGCUAUGAGCAUCGACAGAUGGCUUCCCAUUUUACCAAACAUUAUGUUAUGCAUUGCUCAAAUAAAGAUACGUUCGGCACUUGUUCUGGAGAA